GGAAUCCUCGUCGACACACGACGAGCCAACCUUCGCCCGGAUCGCCAGCUCUCUGAGCCGACACACACUCGCACACACUCGCACACACACACACACACGUGCAACGACGACGAGUAGCUGACGCUGCCCGGCUGCUGCUCCUCUCCCGCUCUCGCUCUCGCUCUCCCACGCCCGAGGAGAGCUCUGUGAAACGCACGCGCGCGCCACCACCAGCACCAGCGCGCCACUGCACAGUGAGGAGAGAGAGAGAGAGAGAGAGAGAGAAAGAGACUCUCGCUCGUUUCCACCGAUCGACGACCGCGCAGUGAACUGCCGACGCUCCCCAAGCAUCGACCGCAGUAGUCCCGCCGACGACGAGCAAGACACACUACUCUUGUGCUACGCCGACACCCCAGGAAGGAUCAGCCGCUGACGACGAAUCCUCCAGCUGUAGCCGCAGCCGUACUCUCCCGCAUCUUAGCCAACAAGCCCACUGCACCAAGCAACCAUGAAACUCGCGAUCGCAACGUUCUGCCUGCUGGCGGUGACGGCCAUCAGCGCGAUGCCGGUCGCCGACGACGAGCGCAAGGCGGAGCUGCCGGCACCGGCGCUCAGCGUCGUGCCUCUCGAGAAGUCCGCCGACAAGGAAGCAGCCAUGCCGACGGAGAAGAUGGCCGAGGAGAAGAAGGAAGAGCCUCUAGCGAAGAAGGCCGAGGAGAAGCUUCCCGAGGAGCCGAAGAAGCUCGAGGAGGAGAAGAAGCCCAUGGCCGAGCCCGCCAAGGUCGAGGAGGAGAAGAAGCCCGAGAGCGAGCCCGUCAAGGUCGAGGAGGAGCCCAAGAAGCUCGAGGAGGUGAAGAAGCCCGAGGAGGCCCUCAAUGUCGCUCCCUCUGAGAAGCACGAACACGCCGUCGAGGCGUCCAAGGCCGAGGUGGCGAUCGAGAAGAAAGUUGACGAGAUCCAGGAGCCGGCCGAGUCCACGCUCGCAGCCAAGGAGACCGUGGUCCCAGUGGCCGAGGUCCAGCCUAUCCCAGCUGUAGCUGCGUCUGAGGCCGCGGUUGAGCCGGCCCAGGCCAAGAAGAUCGACGAGCCGAUCGCCGUCGAGAAGAAGUCCGUCGAGCCCGUCAAGGCCGAGGAGAAGCCCGAGCGCGUGACCCGGGAGACCGAGGAGGCCAGCAAGGAGAAGAAGCCCGUGGAGGAGGCCAAGCCCCUGGAGAAGGAGCUCGAGAAGAAGGUCGAGCCCGUGAUCGCGGCCGCCCCCGCCGCCGAGGAGAAGCCCGAGAUCGUGCCCACCCUCCUCGUCGCCGAGGAGCAGAAGCCCAAGCUCGAGCCUGUGAACGCCGCCGACGCCGCCGACGCCGCCGACGCCGCCGCCGCCGUCGCUGAGGAACCAAAGAAGGAGAUCGAGAAGACGCAGGAGAUCGGCACGGCCGCCUCCACCGCCGCCGCCGAGCCCGCCAAGCGCGACACCGCCGAGUCCGAGGCCCAGCCCAAGGCCGCGGAGCCCGCGAAGAUCGAGGCCGUCCAGGAAGCCGGCGUCGCCGCCAAGGAGCAGCGCUCCGAGGACGCCUCCGUCGUCGCCCCGAUCGAGCAGGCCAAGAGCGCCGGCGUCGUGGCCGGCCAGGAGGUCGCGGCCGUCGUGGCCGAGGAGCCGAAGGUAGCCCCCGUCGCGGUGGAGAAGGCCGCCAAGUCCGCCGACGAGCCCAAGGUCGAGGAGCUGCCCAAGCCCCAGGAGGUUAAGGACGAGGCCAAGCCCGAGCAGCCGGCCAACAUCGCCGAGGCCGCCAAAGCCGCAGAGCCCGUCGUCGAGAUGAAGCCCGAGGAGCCGAAGAUGGAGAUGCCCCAGAAGGACGAGAUGACCAAGGAGAAGAAGAAGGAGGAGAAGGACAGCUCGGAGGAGAAGGACAGCAGCGAGGAGAAGAUGAAGGACGAGAAGAAGGAAGAGAUGAAGAAGGACAGCUCGGAGGAGAAGGACAGCAGCGAGGAGAAGAAGGACGAGAAGAAGGAGGAGAUGAAGCCCAAGGCGGAGAGCAGCAAAGCCGAGGAGCCAGCGCCAGUGACGAAGACAGCGGCGCCCGCCUCUUAAAGACCUCCCCCCCGCGCAGAGGAGGCCCCCCGCGACUAUUCUUGCUGAGGACAGAAGAAGAGCAGAGGAAAAAAAAUUGAUGAAAACGCGCCGUAUUCCACUUUCGAGAAAUGCGUCUGAACUGAGAGAUAUUAUAUAGCGAGAAAGAACGACAGAGUGAAUGGGACACACACAUCGAACGAGAGCGAAUGCGAGCGAGCGACUGAGCGCGAUUGAAUUUUUAGCAACAAAAAAAAAAAAAAAUAAUAAAUCGACAGGAGCCGAGAGAGAGAUUGAUGCGAGGGCGAGGAGGAGUUUAAUACAACGCUCGGUAAUUGUACGCAGGGUCUGUCACAUACACACACACACACACACUUACACGCUUAUACACUCAGUGGCACACGCGCACUAGAAACACGAGACAUUGUAAGCAUCCCGGCGCGCUACGAGUUCCGCGCGACAUACAUGUAAUGUGCACGGGGCGUCUCGGGAUUCGCCGGUUCGGCGGCGACCGGAAUCCGGUCACUCCGAGCCUCGAAACCCGCGACGCCCCAAAACGCGUCGAUACGCGUUCGUCCCGGCGGACGGAGCAUUCCGUUCGCAUGGGACGUUCAGUCUAUCCGAUCCAUUCUUAUUUGCCUUAUAUAGUAAACUCAUUUCCCUUCCCUUUACAGCUCUUUGCGUAUAACGGCAGAAGUACCCGUCCUGCACCAUCGCGACACACACACGUAAUACCGCCUCAGCCCCGAUCCCGUCAAAUACGGAGAACCUUCCGCAUAAUUUCCCGAAUAAAGCCCUUUGUACCCUCCCCCCAUACUCCAUACUCAUGCCCCGAUUCCCCGAUCAUCCUGCAACGUACUGAGUAGAAAUUUCCCCCCUUUAGCCCUACUACUGAUAAUUAUUAUUAUUAUUAUUAUCGUUAGUGACAGUACCGCUAUUAUUAUUAUAUUAUUCUAUUAUUAUUUGUAUUAUUGCUAUCAUCAUCGUUACAAUAAUAAUAAUUAUUAUUGAUAUUACCACCGAUGUUUUUACUCUGCCAUCUCGCCAUCAACAAUUCUUUGUAGCAAUGAUAUAUAUAUACACACACACACGCGCGCGCGAGAAACUAAAAAGACAAAAAAAGCUAACAAUACGUUUCGUUUCGAGAAAGGAAGCGCAUCGUGCUUAUCGAAGACUUAAUUCAGGGUGUUAUACUUUAUAUUUUCUACAAUCUACGAGUAUACAUCUUCUCUUCUUUAUAAGUAUUUCCUGAUUAAUAAAAAGAAAUAUAAAAUCCAAUUAGUUUUUAAAAAUAUAAACACCAACUAUCAGAAUAUAGCCUGCUAACCAGGUAAAAUUAUGUAAAAUAAUAAAGAGUAUUGUUAUUUCAUUGGCAACAGUAGUAGAUCUGACAUAUUCUUACCUACUAGAGAGUAAGAAAUAUUCGAAACUACACACACAAACACAGAUAUGAAGGAUACAAUUAUUUAUAGUCGUAACCUGGAUGUGUAUGUAUUAACUAUAUACAUAUUUGCAUGUGAACAAAUUAACGUAAAUAAGUAAAUAAGAUAAGAAGAAAAAGUACAGUUUUCUGUAGUUUAUACAUUGCAUUUCUAUCAGAAAAUUAUACGAGUAACGUUGACGUCAGAAAGUAGAUAAAUUUAAAACUGUUGUAUUGAAAAAAAAGUUAAUUGACUUAUUUGCAUUUCGCUUUUUAAUCGUUAUAGUUCUGAUUUGAAUCUAAGAUUCGUUGAAGCACAUAGUGAAAAUUAACGCGUGAUCGUGCAUUGUUCACUUAUGACAGUAGAAGCUUUCUUGCAUAAGCAGACAUAGCAAGGCUGUUACAAAAACUGUGUAAUUCCAUUACGCCUUGACCUUUCGAAUCGAAAUUCGCUUAGCUAAACGUAUCAAUUCACCUGUUGCAGUCGACGCUAAUUUGUCGACGGUGCGUUUCAAUAAUUAUGCAAGUUAUAUGAGUCACGCGUGACUUCUGGCAUUGUGGGGAAGCUUAGCAUAUCAUCGACUGCAAACUAGCGUUCAUCACGUCUGGACUUUUUAUCUGUAACCGUUGAUAAUCUUGGAUUCUCAUUGCACGAGCUAUCAUCGAUAUUUAGAAGCUAUACUAAUAACUUUGUUACAACUACGCAAUUAACAACCUAACGAGCACACUGAAUAUGCACGUGAAAAAUAAUGAAAAAAACCAAUCUUGGAAAUUACUAGCACGAUUCGUUUGCAUAGCGUUCUCUGUCUUAUAUUAUAUCUAACAUCAAUAUUGUUUAUUGAAUAUUGCAAGGUUAACAAUUCAAGCACUAGAAAACUAACGAAACUCUAUAAGAAUUUUCGAUGAAAAAUGCACAUGAAUGAUAUCUAAUUGUCUAACCAUGUAGGAAAUUGAUGAAUUUGCGUUAUUCGCCUUCGUAUUUUUAUAUAAAGAUUUCAUUUCUGUUUUAGCGAUCAGUUUAUGUUUUGGCUCUAUGAAAAAUAAUUAAUGUUGGAAUAAUAAAUGAUUCUAAAUAUAA